UUAAUGAAGUUAAAUACAGAUAAUCUACAAAUGAAGAGUUUCGUUGCAAAACGAGAUAAAUCAAUUUUUUUACAUUUUUGUCAAAACAUGUUUAUUAUUAUGUUAUCAUGUUAUUAUUUUGUUUUAUGGUGCUACUUAGCUGUAUUUUUUAAGUUAUGAAGGUUUAAAUCCAAACAAACCAGCUGCAGUUGAAUUGAAAUUAAUUGGAAUGCACAACCAAAAAACGAGAUUUCUGAACAAUUAAAAAAGCGAUGGUUAUCUCAUUUUGCAACGAAACUCUUCAAAUAUUAUUAAUGUUACGGUUACGGUUACUUCUUCAGGGUCCCUAACAUUGGAUAACUUUAAUGUAACCUGUGAUAAACUGAAUAUUUGUGGUGCGAGGCGGACAUGGAUGAGUGUGAGGUGCGAUUACUCAAACAUCAACAUCAAAACUGGGUUCUGGUUCAGUCAGAAACAGAGAACAAACUGGAGAAACAAAGAUGAACCUGAAGAUUUGACUUUAGAUUCAGAUUACUCAGGACGAGUGGCUCAGAGGAUCACUAACAACCAAUCAGAUUUCACAAUAAUAGAUCUGAUAGAGAGAGACAGUGGAGAAUAUCAGCUCAUGAUCAUUAUGAAGGAUGGAGUUAAACAUCUCAGCUCAGUCACAGUCAAUCUAACAGUUUCAGUUUUACAGGUGAAGAUGAAUCCUGAAUCUACAGGACAGCGAGUAAAACUGAGCUGUGAUUCUUCCUGCCCUUUAACAUCUGAAAAUGGUUACUUUUGGUACAAGAAUGGACAACGUUUAACAUUUGACCAAAGCAUAUUUGUGUCAUUCAUUGGAAACACUGACAGUUAUUUCUGCUCUGUGUCUUUUUCAUCACCCUCUUCAUCUGUGUGUCUUUCUAACAGUAGCUGUUGGGGUGUAACUUACACCUCUAGAAGAGUUUGUGCUUUAGUGGGAUCAACAGUAGAUAUUCACUCUUCAUACUCACAUCCCACUGGAUAUACAGUAGAGAAAACAUACUGGGAUUACCGUCGUUUUGGGGCAUUCAGAGAUCUGCGUGAGGUUUCUCAGUUUUCUGGUCGUGUGGAGUUUGUGGGAAACACACUGAGAAUCAAAGACGUCAACACGAGUGAUUCUGGAGAUUAUCAGUUCAGGAUCAUCACUAACACAUCAGAUGAAGUUUCUGGUUAUCCUGGAGUCCUUCUUACUGUUACAGGUAACUGCACAUAA